CCGGUGUGCUAAAGGCAAGUCCCUCACUUUCAAACAAACAUCUUGCUUUGUGAUAUUAUUCUCUAAGCUUCACUCCAAACUGGACGUGUUGUAUCGUUUAUUCUGAAGAUGAAGUUUGAGAAUGUGCUGGUAGAGGUGAACGGCUUUGGGAGAUUCCAAUUACGGACAAUCCUCUUGAUGGUAAUUCCUCGUAUGACUUUGCCUUUUCACUUUCUGCUGAAUAACUUCAUCGCGUUUAUUCCCUCUCACCACUGCAACAUCAGCUCUCUGGAUGAUGGAGGAGUAUUUAGGAAUUUAUCCGAGGCAGAGAGGCUUGUUGUUAGUAUUCCAGUCCAGGCGGACGGGACUCCAAACUCCUGUCAGAUGUUUGCACAGCCUCAGUAUCAUCUGCUGCUAAACUCCUCCAACAUGACUGAACUCCCUACAGUGCCGUGUCAGGACGGAUGGGUGUACGAUACCAGCACCUUCAAGUCUAAUCUGGCCACAGAGUGGGAUCUUGUUUGUGAUCAAAGAAGAAUGAACAGAGGAACGGCCACUAUCUUCUUCUUAGGGGUCAUGUUUGGAGCGGCAGCAUUUGGCUAUCUUAGUGACAGGUUUGGCAGGAAAAGAUCGCUUCUGAUGUCUUAUUUGACAACCACCUUCUUUGGAUUUGCAAGUGCUUUCUCAUAUAAUUUCACCAUGUUUGCUGUCAUGAGGUUCCUCACUGGAUUUGGAAUUGCUGGAAUAAGUAUUAUCACCAUAGUCCUUUGUAUUGAAUGGGUCGACAUCAAGCACCGAACUGCAGUGGGCAUUUUUGUGAGCCUGGACUGGAGUAUUUUUACUGCUCUGCUACCGGUUUUGGCCUAUUUUGUGAAUGACUGGAGGUAUCUGAUUGCAACAGUAUCCACCCCGCUGGUUCUGGCAAUAGUCUCCUGGCGGUGGAUCCCGGAGUCUGCCAGAUGGUUGAUAAGUAAUGGAAAGGUCAGCGAUGCUAAUUUUUACUUGAGAAAGUGUGCAAAAGUCAACAACAGAGAGCAGUUCAUGGCUGACAUGAACCCUGAGAUUCUGUCCAAAGUAAUACUUGUAGAAAAGGAAGACAGAAAAUAUUCCUUUUUAGACCUUGUGAGGACCCCCGAAAUGAGGAGACUGGCUCUACUUACUGCCAUUGUUUGGUUUGGAGUGGCCUGCCCAUAUUAUGGAAUCAGCCUCAAUCUCACUGGAUUUGGUGUGAACAUUUAUCUCACACAGUUCAUCUACGGUGUGAUUGAACUUCCAGCAAAAGUUUUCAUCUUUUUUACUUUGAACAAAAUGGGCCGGAGGUUGAGUCAGGGUGGAGCCCUCGUUCUGACUGCACUGUGCCUAUUUUGCAACAUGUUUGUCCCCCUAGGUAAGGGGCUGUUCCGGACAGCUUUGGGGGCUAUAGGCAAGAUGUUCUCAGAGGCUUCUUUUACAUGUGUAUAUCUAUACACAACAGAGAUUUACCCCACAGUAAUGAGGCAAAAUGGAUUGGGUUACGCUUCCUUCAUGGCCCGUAUAGGCGUGUCUGUAUCCCCCCUGAUCAUGCUUCUUGAAGAAGCGUGGGGCCAGUUACCGAAUAUGAUUUUCUCUCUGGUGGCUUUUGCUGCAGGGCUGUCAUGUUAUUUUCUUCCUGAGACACAUAACGUCCGUCUACCAGAGACUAUUGAGGAGGUAGAACACAAGAGAAGAAGAUCAAUCUCCACAUCUGACGAGAAAUCCCAACCCUAAAUGUUUUCUUCAGUGCAACCAAAAGGCCAAUAAGUUGAGUUGUAGGACAGAUCAGUGUUGGUAGUAUGGUUG